AUGAAUCCCUGGCUAUAUUCUGAAUCUACCCAAAAACAAUAUGAAGAAUUAUUCUACUUAACAUUGGGUAUGAAAGAUGCAAUUUAUGAAGAACUUACUAACUAUCUUUUAGUUAUUUUAGAAGAACUUCUUCUCAAGAAAAAUCAGGAAACAAAUGCAAUUGACAACUUGAAGCGGGUUUGUCCUAAUUGUCAUAAUAAAUUAUCUACAAUUAGUGAAAUGAAUCAACAAUUUAUUGAACAAUCUAAUAUUAAAAAUACUACUGACAAGCUUCUAGUUGUUUGUCCUUAUAGGUUUAAAGAAUUAAAUGUGCAAGAAUCGGUUCUAAAG